CCCACCUCGUGUAGUCGUCGGUGCAGGAUCUGAGCGAACUGAUAAAGCAUUUGAGCUCUCACGCGUUGCGGUGUGAUAUUUCCUUUCCAUGACGUACAUUGCACGGAGUACGAAAGUAAAUAUUAAUUUGUGAAAAAUCAGCCUUUAGUUUUCGGCUAAAUAGUGAAUCUACGUGUUCGUCGGCGACGAAAGCUUGAGGUCAAGUGGUCAAGUGGCCCUGUGUUUGGAGCUUUCCUGUUCAAUUUUUUGCUCAGUUCCUCAUCUCUGAAGCAAGAACUACCAAUAAAAUGGCAGCAGAAUUGAAAGAAGGUCUUUUGUUCGGAAUUUGCAAUCCUCUUCUGGACAUGGCUGUCAGUGCAGACAAAGAACUAUUGGACAAAUAUUCCUUCAAACCCAACGACGCUAUCUUGGCCGAAGAGAAACACCUUCCCUUGUACGAUGAGCUCGUGAAGAAUUAUAAGGUCGAAUACUCAGCAGGAGGUUCUGGUCAGAACACUUGCAUGGUUGUUCAGUGGCUAUUAGAGAAACCUCAUUUAGUAGUUUACAGUGGAUCUGUUGGAAAAGACAAAUAUUCCCAAAUCUUGGAAGACAAAGCUCAUGAGUCUGGCCUGAAAACAUGUUAUCAGUAUCAAGACUCUUACCCCACAGGUACUUGUGCUGUUCUUAUCACAGGAAACGGGACCAAUCGCUCUCUGUGUGCUAAUUUAGCAGCAGCCAACCACUUCUCCCAUGACCAUUUGCACUCCCCUGAAAACAAAAAACUUGUGCAGCAAGCAGAAUAUUAUUACGCUACUGGAUUCUUUUUGACUGUUUGUUUUGAAACAGUGCUGGAACUGGCUCAGAUUGCGCAUCAACGAAACAAAUUAUUCAUGAUGAAUUUGAGUGCUCCUUUCAUCUGCUUAGUCUAUGCUAAGCAGCAAAUGCAAGUUAUGCCAUAUGUUGAUAUCAUCUUCGGAAAUGAUGAUGAAGCAAAAGCCCUAGCGAAGGAGCAAGGAUUUGAAACUGAAGACAUCAAAGAAAUUGCCCUUAAAAUUGCAGAUUUACCGAAACAGAAUACAGAUCGAUCAAGGACUGUCGUUAUCACGCAAGGCCAUAAUCCUGUCAUUUUUGUUAAAGAUGGUAAAGUUGAAGAAUUUGAAGUUCCAAAAGUGCCAGCGGAGAAAAUUAUUGACACAAACGGAGCAGGAGAUGCCUUUGUUGGUGGUUACUUGGCACAACUCAUCUUGGGAAAACCUUACCAAACCUCAAUCAAGUGUGGAAUGUGGGCUGCAUCUGAAAUCAUUCAAGUGUCUGGCACCAGCUUCAAGGGUAAAAAGUACUUUAACGGGGAUAGUUAAAAACAGUACUUCUAAGUGGAAUCACACUUUGGCUCAGUUUUUCGAAGCUUUACUGAGCUGUAUGAUAUUUGCAAGCAGCUUAAUGAACAAUUUUUGAAACUUAAAAUUUAGCUAUCUUUGGACAAUGCUCAUGUUCAAUUAAGUUCUGCUUUUAUUCUAGCAUGCUCUCCAAUUUCAGACUUCAUUCUUUUUUUCCUCCACUGUAUCCUUUGUCAGUAAGUUUUAAUUUGACCCUCAUUAUUUUUAUUACCGAAGCAUUUUAGUUUUGUAUUUUACGUUUUCAGUUUUUAAGGUUUUUAUCGACAUUUGUAUUUCUAAACUCAACUCCAUCUUAUGGGGCAAAUUUUUUUUAGUUGUCAUGAAUAUGUCUAGAUAGACUUUCAAAAUAGACCUCCAUGAGUCCCUCAUGAAAUUUUGAAAAUAAAUGUAAUGCAUCUAUUUUUUUUAGCAGUUUAAGUAGCUUGCUGUAGAAUUCGUGUCCGAUGAGUUGGCAGUUGUUUACUUUUGACUGUCAAGCUCCAUGGAUUGAUUUACAUAUCUGCAUCCGGCGAUGGUGGCCAAUCCUCGAUUGCGAAUGGACGACUACAAGGCAUUUGCUUGUAAACAGGAAAUAAAGAAUUGCCAACUUAUCUGACGCAAGUUCUAUUUAUUUUACUGUUUUUGUAAUGAAAGGAAUUAUGAAAAAAUAACACUUGAAUAGUUGAUAUUCCUAUUCCAAUAAUGAAACCUCAAAUUAAUCUUGAGCAUUGCACAAUCAGAAAAAUGUCUCGUAAAUAUCUAUGAAUAGGCUUAUAAAAAUAUUUUAAUCAUUGAGGUCAGCACAUAGGUAACAUACUGUUUGUUUACCACUCAUACAACAAUUUACUCUAGUUUUACACUCCAAGAUUUUGUUCGGAAGUAACAAGGUAAAAUUUUAAAUGCAAAAUCACUGCAAUUCUCUCUCACUACGUAUUUUUUUUUCUCUCUCUUUUUUUCACAGACUGAUUUUAUUCACAAUCAAAACUUAUUAGUUCUGAAUCAUUGGAAAGUUUACUUCUUAUUCGGCUGUGGAUUGUUUAAUCAAGAAUGCUUAGUUUGUUUGUGAAGAUUCAUCUAAGCUUAUUUAGAUAAUUGUUUUGAAUUGAUGAAGUAAGUCUCAUUAGCACAUACCAAUUGUAUGAUUAUUAAUUUAAUAGACCAAAAAGAACGCGCUGACAGACCCCAGAGAGCAUUUUUAGGUAGAAUUUUAUGAAACUUAAAAUCAUUAUUAUUCCCAUCAUCUCGACCAAACGUCCUGCUGGGUGUUUUAAAAUUCCAUGUCCCAUUUUUAUUAUAUUCUCAGCUAAAUUAAGACUUAUAUUGCCCAGGUUCAGUGCAAAUUAGCCCUGAAAAUGAGCCUAAACACUUAUUCAGGCACAAAGGAUUGGACCAAAUGCAACAGUCAGUAGUCACAGAUGUAUUAUUCAAUUGUUAGAAAAAUGUGAACUGUGGAAAGUUGUCAUGAGUGAGAAGCAAGUUGAGGACAAAAAGGAGAAAAAAUGAAUAUUGUCAGGUCAAAACUUGAUUUCCUUACAGGAUUAUUAGCUAUGCAGAACGAAUUAGGUGCCUAGUCUAUUCAGGAGUUGCCACAGCAAGUAAACUGAAUUGAUUUUAAAUGAUUUUGCCCUGAUCAAGCUAUGUGUACAUUAAUCUUAAGCAAGAGGUGACCCAUUUUUUUUUCCUGCCAAAAUUCAUAAAAAUGGUACAUGAAAUUUCUGAGCCCCUAGGGGAACUUUCCUCAAAAGAAUGAAGAGAGUGACGUAAGUUUCUUUAAAUUCUUCCGAAAGUAGACUUUAAUAAUUAAAAGCUUGCAGGUUCUUUUUUAUGUGAUUCCUCCGAUAGAUUUAUUUUUUUACUUUUACGAUAAGAGAACUUGGUUUGAACAAACCAAAUUGUUGACUGUAGGUGAAGGACUCCCACAUUGCUGACUUUUCAAUUGUUUUGUUUUUAAACCUGCCUUGAAUGUGAAGCACCAUAUUUGCUGUUUUAAGUAGUGAAAUGGAAACGUGUACACCCACUCUCCAAUUUUGUACGAUUUUGUAUUUUCUGAGAAAGAAUUUUUCUGAAUUUGUGAUCUCUUAUUAUUUCUAUGUGGUUGUAUGUUUAUUUUAAAUCUCUUGUUACCGAACACCAUGAUGUUAAAUAAUUUUGAAUUGAGAUGUUACCUAUUUGUAAUAGAAGGAUUGCAUUAAAAUGCCUGGAAACAUUUUUAGGAUUUAUUCAAAUGAGAGACACCUGCACAAGGUCCUCCUUUAAACCUGAGGUUUACAUCUAAAGUUGUGUGCAAACCGCAUCUUUAUUCGCUUAUGUACAAGACAAGAAGUUCGCUGUGCUUUUGGGGCUCCCUUUGUAAAAACUGAAAAAUGCAUACCUAUGGUUGGAUUUCUGUUCAAUUGUUCAUUUGCUAUAAACAAUCUUUACACAUGAGAAAUUGACAGAUUACAUGCACUUAUCUCCUUUUUAAAGUAGACCAAUCAUCUUGCAAGCAAUGCAAAAUUUUAAUGAACACUAUUUGUUCAUUCCUUGAACUCCUCAGUUUUGUCUGUUAAUGAGGCCAUUUAGACUUAGCAUGUUGUGUCAUAUUUCUUCAUUUUGUUACUAAACCAUUGCAUGACUUUUUUUUUAUGUUUUUCAAAAGGUGUCAUGUUACUGUCAACUCUUUGAUUGUGAUAAUAUAUUCCUCCAUGUAAUAAUACUAA